GUGUAGACGCCGCAGUCGCCUCAUAGACGCCGGGAGCGUCAGUCGUGUGUUCUAAAAAUAAAAUUUAAAUUCUCCUUCAAACACGAAAAUAUUUUUAAAUUUAUUGUCUUUUAAAAAUAAAUAUGUCCAGUAAUAAAUCGAAUGGCCUAGAGACGACGGAUUGGGCUAGGGCACCGCCGGUGUCUGGGCCUCUGUGGGAGAGGCUAGUGAAGGCAAUAUACAACCCCGAGGACAAGAGCUUCCUUGGAAGAACUCCGAAGAGAUGGGGGAUAGUGUUGACAUUCUACCUGGUAUUCUACGCGGUGCUGGUGCUGAUGUUCGCUCUGUGCAUGGGCGGGCUGUUCCUCAGCCUGGAGAAGGGGAGACCCAAGUACACGCUGGAGAGUUCACUUAUUGGAGCCAACCCCGGAGUAGCGUAUCGACCGCUGCCAGAAGACGGACUGUUCGUAAUCUAUGAUCGCACCAACUCUACACACUACGAGACUUACACGGAAAAACUAGAAAAGUUCCUUAAACCAUACAAGUCGGAAGGCCAGCCCGGGUGUUCAGCUAUCGACAGCUACGGGUACCCCGACACUCCAUGCUUCUACAUCAAGUUGAACAAGAUCUACGGGUGGGUGCCGGAGUACUAUUCGGACACGAGCUCCCUGCCGGCCGACAUGCCUGAGGACCUCGUCGAGUACAUCGGGAAAGAUGAAAACCUUGAGAAAGAGCCGAAGAUCUGGGUAUCAUGUUUCCAGGAGAAGGGUAACGACACGAGUAUAGAGUACCCCUGGGGACGUGGUCUACCGAGUACUUCCUACCCCUUCCUCAGCCAGGAGGGAUACGUCAGUCCUGUUGUUGCUGUCAAGCUGACGCCUCAGGCGAAUACUCUAACGAUAAUCCGGUGCAGAACGUGGGCCAAGAACAUAAUCUACAACAAGAGCAUCAAGGAGCCUUCAGGGUACACCCGCAUCCAGCUGUACAUUAAUGACCAGACUAUGCCGGAAGAGGCAGCGGAGACGAACUAAACAAGCAAUGCAUGAUGUGCCGUGCGAUUCCAUCGUACGAGGUUUAUUUAGAAAAAAAUGUGUUCGAAAACUAUUUGAAAAAUCAGAACGAAAAUAUUGUGGAGAUAAAAUUAAGAAUUCGAUUUUUAAAACGGAACGUAAUAACCUUAACUUAACUUUUUGGUUGCAUGGCCUGAUUUAAUGAAAAGUUCUUUAAAAAGAGAUUAUAUUACUUAGAAACCCUUCUGAUUUUUGUUUAAGUAGUAAAAAAUGAUAGUAAACGUAUUUACACAUCAAUGAAAACAGGAGUUGAAGAAUUUAGAACACUAACAUUGAAUUAACAACUUUAUCUAAUGUAAAAUGUCAUUUACUUUUUAUUCCUAACACCACAGACAAAGUAUUACUUAUAAUACCUAUCGUAUUUAACAAAGAGAAUGUAAUCAUUACGUUUAGUAUUAAUUAUUUCGUAAUAUCCUUUACGAAACAUAAAAUUGUGAAGUUUUCCGUUUUUUUGUAUAGAUCUGAGUAGAAAAUAUUUUCUUUUUCGUACUUGGAGGUACUUAAUAUAUUUUUUAUUAAAAAUAAAUUUCGCCAGGUUUGCCGCCAUUUAUGACUAUAACUUCGCUCUUUGUAAUAUUUAACCUAUUUUAUUUAUUGAAUCGGAAGUUUAUACUUUCACAUUGAUUUUUCUAUGUUAAUGUAAAUUUUCUUACAUGAUCUAAAUAGGUAGUUGUAAAAGUUAAGGCAGGUUGAGGCAGUUCCUAGGUGAGCGUGUACCACCUCAGACCACAUUGUUGCUUACCAUCGGUGAGAUUGUGGUCAAACACGAUCCUACAUAUUAAAAAAAAAAAAACAAUAUUAGAAGAUAUGUGAAAGUUGUGAACGUAAGCAGGUAACUAAUGUUACCAGUAAUUAGUACAAAUCUAUUUUGUAGUAGGUAUCUUUAUUACUUGGGUUAUUCCCCGAAACACCCUUUCCCCGAGAGCCCCGUCCCGGAGAGCCCUGAAUAUUUUUUAUUUUGUUAAAGCCAAUAAAAAGUUUUUUCUUAAAACUGCCAGAAUAGAACAGACUAUGAUUAUUGAAUAAAAAACUUAAUCAUAUAUAGAUUACUGACGGAAGUGGCGGACCCCGCACUAGGAAGCCCCGAUUUGUUUAAUACUUACUAUGUAAAGUAUUUUUAGUUGAUAAAAUGGAAAUAUAAUCACAAUCAUUUAUUUAUAUUUAGAACGUUUCGACUUGGUAUCUGGUUACUAUUUUCCAACACGGGACUCUCUGGGGCGGGGCCCUCAGAGAACGGGGCCCUCAGGGAACGGGGCUUUAGAUGUUAGGUAUUGAUUUACAGUUUUGUAUAAAUUGCUUAUAUAUCUAUAAUAAUUAUACUCGUCGACGUACCUAAUGCUCUCUAUUUACAUCAAUUUGAUUAGAUUUGUUUGACUAUUGAUUGUCAGAGCUUAAAACGUACACGUUUACAAAACCAGUUUAUUUUUCACCUAUUUACCUAACUGUAGGUACACUUAAUUAUAAACAUACUAGGUAUAUUUACUCGGUACGUAGUUUAGUAGUACUUAUUUAGAAAUAAUGUUGUAAUUAGGGAUUUUCCAGGCUACGUUCACCAAAAACAAUUUAUAACAAUAUAGAGUAAAUCUGAAGAAAAUAGGAAGGAUUUAUAAUAAUUUUUAUUGUUUGUACAAUGUACCUACAAAUUAUUAUUUUUGUCAUAGAUAAACA